AUGCCUAGUGUAGUAAAUGUGGACACAAACCCGUUUGAGGGACAGAAGCCGGGCACGAGUGGUUUGCGUAAAAAAGUUAAAGUUUUCCUUCAAGAACAUUACACGGAAAACUUCGUGCAGAGUAUUCUGGAUGCGAAUAAAGACUCUUUGGCUGGAUCUACGCUGGUAGUCGGAGGAGACGGCCGAUACCUCGUUAAGGAGGUUGUGGACAAAAUCAUCAAAAUCUCAGCUGCUAAUGGAGUCGGAAGGCUGCUGGUCGGUCAGGAUGGUAUCCUCUCCACACCUGCUGUCUCCUGCAUCAUCAGGAAAUACAAGGCUCUUGGUGGUAUCGUCCUCACAGCGUCUCACAACCCGGGUGGCAUAGACAAUGACUUUGGAAUCAAAUUCAACUGCGCCAAUGGCGGCCCAGCGCCCGACGCGACCACCAAUCAGAUCUAUGCACUCACCACUGCCAUUAAACAAUACAAGAUAGUUCCAGACAUUGCCUGCGAUAUCUCCAAGAUCGGUGUUUCUAAUUAUGAUAUUGGUGGACAAAAGUUCACGGUAGAAGUUAUUGACCCAGUUAAUGAUUACGUGGCGUACAUGAAGGAAAUCUUCGACUUCAAUAAGAUCAAGGCACUGAUACAGGGCACGGAACAACGGAAGCCGUUCAACGUACUCAUCGAUUCUAUGAAUGGAGUCACCGGUCCCUAUGUAAAGCGUAUAUUUAUCGACGAGUUGGGCGCUAGGGAGGGCAAUGUGCGUCGUAUCGUACCUCUGGAGGACUUUGGAGGCGCCCAUCCAGAUCCCAACCUCACUUACGCUGCUGACCUCGUGAAUGCUGUCAAGGGUGGGGACUAUGAUCUCGGAGCUGCUUUUGAUGGAGAUGGUGACAGGAACAUGAUAAUAGGUCGUGGCGCGUUCUUCGUGACUCCGUCAGACUCGCUGGCAGUGCUAGCCAGUUACUUGCAGCUGAUCCCCUACUUCCAGCGGACCGGGGUCCGGGGCUUCGCUCGCUCCAUGCCCACGGCAGCCGCUGUGGAUAGGGUCGCGGCUGCUACUGGCUUCGAGAUGUUUGAAGUGCCGACUGGCUGGAAAUAUUUCGGCAACCUAAUGGACGCUGGUCGCCUGUCGUUAUGCGGCGAGGAGAGCUUCGGCACAGGCUCCGACCACAUCAGGGAGAAGGACGGACUGUGGGCCGCCCUCGCCUGGCUGUCUGUACUGGCCGGGACUGGACACUCCGUGGAGGAUAUACUCAAGGCGCACUGGGCUAAAUACGGCAGGAAUUAUUUUACUAGAUACGACUACGAGGAAUGCGCAAGCGACUCCUGCAACGAGAUGAUGCAGGUGUUGGAGAAGAAGAUCACGUCGCCCGGCUUCGUCGGCUCCUCCCACUCCGCCGGGGGGAAGACGUACGUCGUCAAACUAGCUGACAACUUCUCCUAUAUGGAUCCUAUCGACCAGAGCGUUGCUAUGAAACAGGGUCUCCGCAUAAUCUUCGAGGAUGGUUCCCGCAUUGUGUUGCGACUCAGCGGUACUGGCAGCUCGGGAGCUACUGUCAGGUUGUACAUAGACUCGUACGAAGCUAAAGACGUGUUGGGCGACGCUCAAGUAAUGUUGAAGCCCCUGAUAGACGUCGCUCUACAAAUAUCUGAACUACCGAAAUACACCGGACGUGACGCACCCACUGUUAUCACAUAA